AUGGAGGCAUUGAAAAAUCAAGAAAUACAAAAAUACCUUCAACAGCUGCAAGAAAAAGAGGAGGAAAUACAAAAUUACUUUAAUCAAUUGCAAGAGAAAAAUCAAGAAAUACAAGAGUUGUCUCGUCAGUUGUGGGAGAAGGAGAAAGAAAAAGCAGAAAAAGAUCAAGAAAUACAAAAAUACCAAUAUCAGUUACAAGAGAAGGAGAAAACUGAUGCACUAACAAAGCAAGAAAUAGAAAAAUACUGUCAACAAUUGCAAGAAAAAGAGCAAGAGAACUUAAAGAAGGAGAAAGAAAAACAGAUAUAUUAUCAAAAAAUACAAGAAAGUGAACUAAGAGAGAAGACCAAAACAAAACAAAAGCAUUCUCUACAAUUGUCAGAAAAAGAAAAAGAAAUUCAAAGAUGCCAUCAGCAUUUAAGAAAAGAGGAAGCAGAAAAGGAGCAAUAUUGCCAUCAGCUAAAAGAAAAUGAGAAGAAUUAUAUUCAACAGUUACAGGUGAAAGACCAGGAACUUACAGAAAUGCGAAAGUAUCAUCAUCUUCAGUUACAAGAGAAUGAGGCAAAAAUAAAGCAAAAAAUGCAAAAUUUUGAUCACGAGUUACAAAAGAUGAAGAAAGAGCUAGAAGACAAAGAAAAAGAGAUGCAAAAGUACCAAUAUCAGUUACAAGAGAAGGAGAAAACUGAUGCACUUUCAAAAAAAAGAAACAGAAAUUCAAAGAUGCCUUCAAAAUUUAAGAAAAAAGGAAGCAGAGAAGGAGCAAUAUCGCCGUCAGCUAAAAGAAAACGAAAAUAA